GAGAAAAGCUUAAAUAUCUUUGACAACAUCGCUGCCUCCAUGUUCAUGUGCACGUCGUUCUAAAUAUAUGUGUAUAUAUAUAUAAAAGAAAAAAAGAAGUAGAACAAAAAUUCAAUAGCGGUUUUUCAGUAUUCAAGCAAGAAAAAAAAUUUCCAAUCCUAAGUAAAAAGAUUUGGUUGCGCGUGUGAAAAAGUCCUGUUACGCAGACAACGCGAACGCGUCUGUGUGCGUGUGUGCAAGUGAGUGAGCGCGUGUGUGUGUGUGUGCGUGUGCUACCCAUGUUAAAGUGGCCCUGUUUUUGGCUAAUUAUAUAGCUAGUCUGUCUAGCUAGAGCUAAAACAUGGAAGGAACACCGGGAACAGCAACCGACGCAGCCGCCGUCGUAGUAGAACCUCCUGGCCAGAACACAAUGCCUGACCGAUCACCACGUAUUACGUUUAGUGAUAACUCCAGCUCCCUGAUACGCUGCGUACCCAAUGAACGUGCGACCUUCUUUGUGAAAAUCGAUUGCGAUGAGGAGGAUGAAUCGGAAUUGCUGCCCUUCAAAUUUGAAUGGACCCGUGGCGAUGUACCCAUCGAGAACUCCGAUCGCUUUCGCAUCACACAGACCAGCAAUGCCGUCCAGCUGGCCGUGGAGCAUGUGCAGCGCGAGGAUGCUGGACACUAUACCCUGUUUGCCCGUACGAAAAGCAACGAAGUCGUGCGCAAGCAUGUCGAGCUCAUUGUCGAGGACAGAUCGACGGGCGAGGAUCCACCUGUAUUUCUGCGUCGCCUCGUCGAUCUGUCUGUCAAAGUGGGAACACGAACUCGCCUCCUAACAGAAAUACGCAGCUCAACAGACCUUAAGCUAACCUGGUAUCGAAACGACCGCAGGAUUUGCGAGAAUGAUCGCAUCAAGGAGACUAACGAGGGCACAUUUCACUAUUUGGAAGUGAGUCCAGUUAUACUUGAGGACGGCGGCCAGUGGAUGCUAAUGGCCGAGAAUAUGGGCGGACGCAAUUCCUGUCUGGCCACACUGAAUGUCCUUGUGCCCAAGGCAUAUAAGACGCCCGAGUUUGUAGAGGAGCUGCGAGCAGUGCUCACAGAACAGGGCACUGUCUCGCUGGAAUGCAAGGUGGUGGGCGUGCCCACGCCCCACUUGCGCUGGUUCAAGGACUCCAAGGAGAUCAAGGCUGGCGAUAUAUUUGCCCUGACUGCCAAUGCCGACGAUCCCACAUCGCUGGGCACAUACACAUGCGAGGCCAAGAACUGCAUGGGCGUCACUUACUCUAGCUCCAAGGUGCAUGUGGUGGGACGUGGCAGUCGUGAGGGUUCCCUGAAGCCGGCCGACAACGUUAGCAGCAAUGCGCCGCCGCCGAUCUUCACGAACGAGCUGCGGAACCAGAGUGUCCACAUCGGCGAUACCAUCAUACUCGGCUGUCAAGUUGUGGUGCCGCCUUGGCCCAAGAGCGUCACCUGGUACAAUAAGGAUGGGCGCGUGGACACAGACGAACGUUACAAACUAAUUGAGGAUGGCCUGGGCGUCUAUAUGAUUGAAAUCAAGCCCUCCGAAUCCUGCGACGCAGGCGAUUGGAAGUGCGUCGUCACCAGCUUCGAGGGCUGCGUGGGCAUCUCAGCUUGUGUGGUCAACAUGGACAUUCCCCGAAAUUAUCGCAAGCCCAGAUUCAUGGAGAGCCUGCGCGCUGUGCUAACCGAGGAGGGUCUUGUUUCGUUCGAGUGCAAAGUCGUUGGCUUUCCGACGCCCGUGCUCAAGUGGUUCAAGGAUGGGCACGAACUGAAGCCCGGCGAUGUUUAUCAGCUGACGGGCACCAAUUCCCUGGGCACCUAUUGCUGCAUUGCGCGGAACUGCAUGGGCGAGACGAGCAGCACGGCUGUGCUCACCGUAGAGGACAUACAGAAUCAGCUGACGGACGAGGAGCGUCUGGUAUUCACGCAUCAGAAUCAGGCGCCCAAAUUUCUGACCGGUCUCAAGAGCACAGAUGCCAAAAUCAACGAACCAUUUCAAUUUAAGGUCGUGGUCAAGGCCACACCAGAUCCGAUCCUGAGCUGGUUCCGGGAUGAGCUGCCCAUCGAUCCGAACGAGCGAUAUAAUCACUAUCGGGGCGAGAACGAGGAGUGGCUGCUGGACAUCAAGUCCGCAGAGUUUAUCGAUCAGGCCGAGUGGAAGUGUGUGGCCGUCAAUGAUUUUGGCACCAGCAUUACCUCGUGCUUCUUAAAGCUACAAAUCCCCAGGCAUUACAAGAAGCCUCGGUUUCUGGAGUGCCUGCGCGCAGUGCUUACCGAGGAGGGCGCCGUCAAUCUGGAAUGCAAGGUCAUCGGCGUGCCACAGCCGGUGCUCAAGUGGUAUAAGGAUGGCGUUGAACUGAAGCCAGGCGACAUACAUCGCAUUAUAUCUGGCCAGGAUGGCACCUGCUGUCUGGGCACCUAUACAUGCGAGGCCAGGAACUGCAUGGGCGUGGUCGCCAGCUCGGCUUCGCUGCUGGGCUUUGAGGAUGCACAGCGAACACAGAAACCUGAACAGCCGCAGGCGAACGAGCUGCAAAGGAACUAUUCGCUGUCCACCAUUCAGGAGGAGCGCACCUCCCAGCUAUACGAGACGCCCGUGGGCGACAUAACCAUAGAUGAUAAAGGCGAUGUCUCCUUCUCAUUCGAUGGCAAAGAAGUCUCAGUUUCGCUAUAUGAGACGCCCGAUCUGACGGAGGAAGAAGCCCUGAAGAUUGUUGAGAUGUAUGCGGAUCAGAUUUCAGAGCAUGUAACCGAACAUAAUAUCGUGGAGUUGCCGCCGCUGCGUUUCGUCAAGGAGACAUCGCAGUCCGGCAAGCUGCUAAUGGAGGCGGUUGUUAUAGACAUAUCACCCGAGUACUUUACACAUGAUGAGGAUAUGCGCACCGAGGCGGGUAUGGAUGAUAUAUCUAUAACUGAGAUCACAGUGCACGGCUCCUCCGGCAGGGAGGGUGUCUUUGACAAGGAAACGGAGAAAUAUGCCCAACAAUCGUUUGAGAAAAUGGAAGAGGAACUCUCCCUGACGGCGCCAAUACGUAAGCGCAAGAAAUCGCGACCCACAGAGACUGAUGAGUUCUUUAGCUUGUCUAAGGCUUCCGGCUCGGGCAGCCAGGGCGAGGAGGAGACAUCUGAUCAGCAAACUUUUGCCAGUGCACAAAUGUCGACAUCGCAAAAGGCGGCCGCAACUUCAGAGGGCGAAGCAGCAGCACCCCCGAAGCGUAAAAAAUCAAAAAAACCCACAGAUAGCGAUUCAUCAAAGACCACCGAAGACGAUGCCAGGCUCCAGGACAUUUCUGGCGCUGUGGGUGAUGGCUUAUUGAUGACGCCAGCCUCACACAUGAAGGCUGUGACCGAUGAGGCGGAGAUCAACAAGAAUCUGAUUGCAUUGGUGCCUCUGGCCAAAUUGCUUAGGAUCAUCGAAAACCAUUUGACAGUCGUCGAGACGGAGGUAUUGGAUCAGUCCACCAUGAUGAUGACACCAGCUGCGGCCGACCAAAGCAUUGCAAUAAUAAGGAAUAUUAUAGAGCCCAUCAAGCAAAUCGAAUCAAAGCUGCGCGUCUACUCUGGCGAGACCCAAAUCGAUGCACUUAUCCAAACCAUGGAUGAUGAUAUACGCAGACUACAUAUGGGCCUGCAGGUAAUCGAGAAGUGCGUGGAGAUAGAUGAGACGGGCGCUACGCUGAUCCAAAGGACCAGUGUGUGCAUUAUUGACAGCGUGGCGGAGCAUAUGAAGCGGGCGCUGGAGGAAUUGAAGAUAGUCAGCGAGAAAUUCGAAUCGGAGAGUCUGCGCAACCAAAUCAACUUGACUGCCGAUGAUUUACACCAGGGCCUCGAGAUAACACAAGGCACCAUCCGAUCACAGGCACUGCUGCAGGAAGCCCAGGAACUGGAGGCAGCCAAGCAUUUUACGGAGGCCGUCGAGAAGAUGCAGGACGUUCCUGAAAGCGUGUCCUUUGCAUCCAUAACGGAAGCCAACCUACCCAGCGAAGCGAGCGCCUUAAAGCAGAUCUGUCAGCCCGUUGCAAAAAUACAAGAAGCUCUGGAACGCGUCGAAAUGGAGCUGUCCAUGGAGGAGAAUGAAGAGCAAAUCUACAAGAAGGUGCACAAGAAGGUGUUGGAUAGCAUAGUGCAGCCAAUAAAGGAAUUGCAGAGCACACUUCAAUCCAUUGAAGAUAAGACAGAGUCCCUUGCCGGAUCGGAAUCAAUCGAACAAAAGAUUAACAUGGCCAUACUGGAUAUUGUGACCCCGCCGCUCUUCGAGCUCAAUAAGGGAUUGGAGCUGAUUCUAAAUGAGAAGUCAGACAGCGUUGAGGGUGGCAUGUUUACAGUCAGCACAGUCGAGUCAAUGGUGCCGCCGCUACAAGAGAUUCAGAAUGGCCUGGCACAGUUGGGACAGGAUCUGGAGAGUGGCCAGGCGGCCAGCGAGGAGGCCACUUUGGAUCUGGCAGAUACCCAGAAGCUUUUGCAGUCCAUUGCCCAAGCUGUUUUGCAUUUCGAAACGAAUAUUGAAAGGAUUUCGGAACGUCUGAGUGAGAAUGUUAAGAUUCGUCUACAAAAUCUAAAGGACGAGCUGUCGGCUCUGAUUGGCACCAUUUUGGACAAGGAUGUAGCACGGCAUCAUGUGGAGCUGCUUGACAAGCUGAAACGUCCAAUUGAUGAGUUGAACUAUUGCCUACGCCAGACCGAGGUGAAGUCCACGUCCGGUUCUUUGGCUGAUCUGAUCGAGCCACUUAGCCUUUUGCAGGAGAACACGCAGAAGGGACAAGGACUGUUGUUGGCGACGCGAGAACGCGAACCGGAUAAGGAUGCACUGCAGUCCCUUGAAAAUAUACGCAAUAUAAUACGUAAUGCUAUUAUUGAUAUUGAGGAACACGAGUUUAAGAUUUUGCAGCAGGAGAUCCAACAGGACGAACAGCAGGCUGCUCAGCAAGACAAAUCCUUUAGCGCAUUGCGUAAGGUUUUGGAGACCAAGGUCUCGCUCGAGGAGUCCAUCAGCAAUAUUGAAACCCUUCAGCUGGCUCUAAACCGAAUCAACGAGAGUUCCAGAACAGCGCCCAAGAUCAAACACUCAGCGAAUGAAGCUCAAAUCUCGCUCUUGCGAAUCUUACAAAUAGCCAAAGGAUUGGCCGCAUUUAGCGAGACGGAGACCACACUCAAUUCCAAUGAAGCGCAUACAACUCGCAUUCUCUUUGAGAUGGGCAAAAGCUUUGCUGAUCUGGCCAAGACCCUUGAUAAUCCAGCUGCAACUGAAAGUAAUUUCGCCGAUGUACUGAAUAGUUUCAAUGAUAUCGUAGCCCAGCAGAGAGAAGCUUUGGACGAGAAACUUACUUGGAAUGCCCUUGCCAUAUCUAGUCCACUUUCGAGUUUCGUACAUGCACUCGAAAAUCUACAACCGCUUAGGUUAUCUGUUGAAGAUUUAUCUACAUUGGAUGACAUUUCUGUGCUCAAGUCGUCAGCUGAAUCGUUGUCCGGGGAGCAAGGGGCUUAUGCUAAAGAGGAGGAGGGACAGAAAAUAGCCGUCGAGCAAGAAACCCUUAUAAAACCAGCUGGCGUCCUGCUCUCAGAUCUGAACCAUGGGAUUGCCACAGUACUUUCGCAUUGUGAGGAUCUGGAUGUGGCCUCCUUGCGUGGCGAGGCAGGUGAGCAGCUUCAAGCGGCCAUCAUCAAAAUGCAGGAGCUAAAGAGCAACAUUGCUCUGGUGCAGGAAACAAACACUAUCGAGGCUGCACAAUCCUUCUCCGAAGGGACGGAUCCCGGCACUUUUGCCGCAGCCCUGUGCAGCUUGGAGCGCUGUGUGCUUGAGGUGGAGGAGUGCAUUGCGCAUAGUGGCGCCGAAAGUCUAAAGGAUCAAGAAUUGUCCAAACUAAAGACAUUAGCCACACCUCUACGUGAUUUAAGGCAAUACUGUGAGCAGAUUGAUACUCAAGCGCUGGAACAGGCCUUGGAUAUGUCUACACAGGAUAUAUCAGAUUUAAAGACCAGUGGACAGCAGCAGACUGUCGAGGAUGCCAUCAAGGAGGCGGCUGUCAUCCUGUCAGAACCCAAAGUGGAGAUCUUCGAUGUGCAACAAGGCGUAGUAAGUGGCAUAAAGCAGCUGGAGGCUGCCUUAGAAGUCACCCAGAGGGAUAGCCACGAGGAGCUGCGCCAGGUGGGCGUUAUAAUCCAGCAGCUGAAUUCGGAUUUGAAGAACAUACAAGAGGCCCUCGCCUCGGAUACUGAUCAACAGGAAACAGUUUUGGCUCAGGCAAAAAUUGCACGCACCAUGUUCAAGUUGAAGGAGUGCUUGGUACACACCUACGAAUCGGGUCUGGUUGACUCCUUGGACAAUGUGGAAAGCGCUUUCGAAGAUAUUUUGCUAUCUUUGCCUGUGCUGGAGUCGCAACUCGCUCAGGAGAUGUACUCCAAAAUCGAAAAUACCUUCAAGAACUUCAUGGCCAGCUGCCAACAGCCUGAAGCUCAGCAGCAACAGUCGAUGGAAAAUCUACAAGGCAACUUUGAAAGGUUACUGCAGUCGAUAAAAGCUGUGGCCGAUUCACCCAAUGUUGACAUCGACAAGUCAUCGACUUUAAUGGUCAAUCUUCAAACCAAUCUUAUGGCCACGUUCAGAGCUCUCAACGAGGUCAGCGAAGUGGUCGACAACGAUCUGCUGGGUGGACUACUCAGAGCCCAAAGCAGUCUGGUUGCAGUCUUUGAUUUUAUUGAGAAUAAUGAAAGUACAAUACGCAUAAUUGAAUUGCUACAAGAAAUCGAUGUCAUAUCCGCGGAACUAAAGAGUUUGUCUCUAGCUCCUACCCCGCCUCCCUUGGCCAUCGAUAUCAGUGCCAUAAUUGAAAACGUGACCUCGGGCAAGGCGUUCCUUACUGAAAUCGAACAAGGCUUGCAGAACGAUAAUCCGCUGAGCGUUAAGCUGCUCGAUGAGAACACUGAUGAAAUCGGCCAAUUAGAAGCCACACUCAUCCAAAUCGAGACUGAUAUACUAUCUCAGCCGCAGCUUACACAAAUUACACCUGAACAGCUGGCACUCAUUGCGACAGUUCAGCUUCAAAUAAACAAUCUUCAGGAGAAACUAAUUCAGCUAAGUGCAUCACUUGCAGCACAACAGGCGGAGGAGAAGGUAGCAGAGGCGCUAGGCCAAGAAAUUCAGGACACAUUGGAUCAAAUGGACAAAACAGAAAUGAAGGCUAAAAGAAAACUGGAGGAUUCAAAACAAACUCAAACUAAGAAACCGAAAGACGAAAUCGACGCAAAAGACAUUGAGUCGUCAGAUAUUUUAAAGAAAGCAGAACCGAAAGCUCUAAUUGUCACACCCGAAGACCUGCAACAAACAUUGAAUGUCAAAUUCCUAGAUUUGUUGAGUGUCCUAAAACCUAAACCAGAAAUCCCUGAAAUAGACGCUAUUAUAAACAAUAGCAAAGAUAUUAUGGAUAACUUGACGGACUCUGAAAAAAUUGUUAAGGGUAUAUUUAAACUUCGAGAACACAUUGUUCAUACAUACGAUGACAAAUCACCUGAAGAAAAAUAUGAAAGAGAAAUGAUGGAAGCAUUCAUUGAAUCACUCCUAAACGCUUCUCCAACUGCUGCAGAGGAUAUAAUAAAUAGUUACUUAAAAGAAAUUAAGACAAAUAUUAUUUUAACCAAAGCAGCUAUACGACUUAUUGGCGAUACAGAAGUGGGUAAAAAAUCAUCGUUGAUAGUGCCAAAGCUAGUAAAGCUCGAAAGCAUUUCAGAGAACAUCAAGCUUAAGCCGCAAAUUGAAAAGUCUUCUGAAAAGAUGGUUCAUCUGCAACAGAACCUAAUGGAUAUAUUUGUAAUACUUGAUGAUCUUUUGGAUGAAAAAACAGUUCUAUUAAAACCCAUUAUUGAGGAUACGAAAAAGGUUCUUCUAUCAGAAUAUGAUUAUAUUGAGCAAAAACAGGGACAGCUGCAAACUGCAACUAUUGAAGGAAAAAUUCAUAUCAUAACAAAACACAUACUAAAUGUUUGCGAAAAGCUACAACAGCUACACAAAGACGAGAUUGAAGAAAAGCGCAUAGAAGAGCAGCAAUUAGCUGAAAAGAAUAAACAGGAUUCAGUAAAUGCUGAAAAAGAAGCUGAAGGAAAAGCCCAGAAAGGCGCAGUAUCUGAAGUCGUUGCAGAGAAGGUUUCCGAAGAAAAGGUUCCUAAGAGUAAGAAGCUUGAAAUAGGGGAACCUGAAAGUGAGGCCCAAAAGGCAAAGGUAUUAGAACAGCAAUUAAUUGAAGAGAAGAAACUGGAUACCAAACAGAAGAAACAAGCCGAGAUGGACGCUGAAAAGAAAGCCCAGAAGGGAGAAGUAUCUGAAGUCGUUGCAGACAAGGUUUCCGAAGAAAAGGUUAAUGAGAGUAAGAAGCUUGAAGUAGGGGAAUCUGAAAGUGAAGCCCAAAAGGCGAAGGUACUAGAACAACAAUUAAUUGAAGAGAAGAAAUUGGAAACCAAACAGAAGAAACCGGAUGAGAAGGAUGCUGAAAAGAAAGACCAGAAGGGAGAAGUAUCUGAAGUCGUCGCAAAGAAGGUUUCCGAAGAAAAGGUUCCUGAAAGUAAGAAACUUGAAAUAGGGGAACCUGAAAGUGAGGCCCAAGAGGCGAAGGUAUUAGAACAGCAAUUAAUUGAAGAGAAGAAACUGGAUACCAAACAGAAGAAACCGGAUGAGAAGGGUGCUGAAAAGAAAGCCCAGAAGGGACAAGUAUCUGAAGUCGUUGAGGGUGAACAGGAAGUGAUUAAACAACAUUUGCAAAUCAAACUCCUAGAUAUUGUUAGGCCUUCUGAAUCGCAAAUCUCCAACGAAGGCUUGCAAUUGAUUGUUGCGGAAAGUAACGAUAUAAUCGAAAAUCUCGAAGACUUUGAAAAGGUCUCUAAAUGCAUAUUUAAACUUCGAGAACACAUCGUUCAUACAUACGAUGGCAAAUCAACUGAAGAACAAAAUGAAAGGGAAAUAGUGGAAGCAUUUAUCGAAUCAGUUUUAGAGGCCUCUCCGUCUACAGCCGAGGGUAUAAUAAAGCGUUACAUUAAGGAAAUUGAAACAAAUGUUAUUUUAACAAAAGCAGCUGUUAGACUUAUCGACGAAUCUGAUAUGUUUGCUAAGCCUUCACUGCUAAUACCAAAACUUGUUAAUCUGCAGAAUAUCUCCAAAAAUAUUGAAUCACAGCUUCAUAUUGAAAAGGCUUCUGAAAUGAUGAUCUUUCUGCAACAAAAUCUGAUGGAUAUAUUUGUAAUACUUGACGAUCUUUUGGAAGAUAAUACAGCUAUGUUAAAGCUUGUCAUUGAAGAAAUUAAAACUGUCGUUCUAGCAGAUUAUGACUAUAUUGAGAAAGCACAGGACCUACUCAAAACUGCAACAGUUGAAGAAAAAAUUCAUAACAUUACAAAAGAAAUAUUAAAUGUUUGCGAAAAAUUACAACAUCGCAACAAAGAAUUGAUUGAAGAAAAGCGCAUUGAAGAGCAGCAUUUAACUGAACAGAAAAUGCUGGACGCAGUAAAGGCUGAAAAAGAAGCUGAAGAGAAAGCCCAGAAGGGAGAAGUAUCUGAAGUCGUUUUCGAAGAAAAGGUUCCCGAGAGUAAGAAGCUUGAAGUAGGGGAAUCUGAAAGUGAAGCCCAAAAGGCGAAAGUAUUAGAACAACAAUUAAUUGAAGAGAAGAAACUGGAUACCAAACAGAAGAAACCGGAUGAGAAGGAUGCUGAAAAGAAAGCCCAGAAGGGAGAAGUAUCUGAAGUCGUCGCAAAGAAGGUUUCCGAAGAAAAGGUUGCUGAAAGUAAGAAGCUUGAAGUAGGGGAAUCUGAAAGUGAAGCCCAAAAGGCGAAGGUACUAGAACAACAACUAAUUGAAGAGAAGAAACUGGAUGCCAAACAGAAGAAACAAGCCGAGAAGGAUGCUGAAAAGAGAGCCCAAAAGGGAGAAGUAUCUGAAGUCGUCGCAGAGAAGGUUUCCGAAGAAAAGGUUGCUGAAAGUAAGAAGCUUGAAGUAGGGGAAUCUGAAAGUGAAGCCCAAAAGGCGAAGGUACUAGAACAACAACUAAUUGAAGAGAAGAAACUGGAUGCCAAACAGGAGAAACAAGCCGAGAUGGAUGCUGAAAAGAAAGCCCAGAAGGGAGAAGUAUCUGAAGUCGUCGCAGAGAAGGUUUCCGAAGAAAAGGUUCCUGAGAGUAAGAAGCGUGAAAUAGGGGAAUCUGAAAGUGAAGCCCAAAAGGCGAAGGUACUAGAACAACAACUAAUUGAAGAGAAGAAACUGGAUGCCAAACAGGAGAAACAAGCCGAGAUAGAUGCUGAAAAGAAAGCCCAGAAGGGAGAAGUAUCUGAAGUCAUUGCAGAGAAGGUUUCCGAAGAAAAGGUUCCUGAGAGUAAGAAGCUUGAAAUAGGGGAAUCUGAGAGUGAAGCCCAAAAGGCGAAGGUAUUAGAACGGCAAUUAAUUGAAGAGAAGAAACUGGAUGCCAAACAGGAGAAACAAGCCGAGAUGGAUGCUGAAAAGAAAGCCCAGAAGGGAGAAGUAUCUGAAGUCGUUGCAGAGAAGGUUUCCGAAGAAAAGGUUCCUGAGAGUAAGAAGCUUGAAAUAGGGGAAUCUGAAAGUGAAGCCCAAAAGGCGAAGGUACUAGAACAACAACUAAUUGAAGAGAAGAAACUGGAUGCCAAACAGGAGAAACAAGCCGAGAUGGAUGCUGAAAAGAAAGCCCAGAAGGGAGAAGUAUCUGAAGUCGUUGCAGAGAAGGUUUCCGAAGAAAAGGUUCCUGAGAGUAAGAAGCUUGAAAUAGGGGAAUCUGAAAGUGAAGCCCAAAAGGCGAAGGUACUAGAACAACAACUAAUUGAAGAGAAGAAACUGGAUGCCAAACAGGAGAAACAAGCCGAGAUGGAUGCUGAAAAGAAAGCCCAGAAGGGAGAAGUAUCUGAAGUCGUUGCAGAGAAGGUUUCCGAAGAAAAGGUUCCUGAGAGUAAGAAGCUUGAAGUAGAGGAAUCUGAGAAUGAAGCCCAAAAGGCGAAGGUAUUAGAACGGCAAUUAAUUGAAGAGAAGAAACUGGAUGCCAAACAGAAGAAACAAGCCGAGAUGGAUGCUGAAAAGAAAGCCCAAAAGGGAGAAGUAUCUGAAGUCGUCGCAGAGAAGGUUUCCGAAGAAAAGGUUGCUGAAAGUAAGAAGCUUGAAGUAGGGGAAUCUGAAAGUGAAGCCCAAAAGGCGAAGGUACUAGAACAACAACUAAUUGAAGAGAAGAAACUGGAUGCCAAACAGGAGAAACAAGCCGAGAUGGAUGCUGAAAAGAAAGCCCAGAAGGGAGAAGUAUCUGAAGUCGUUGCAGAGAAGGUUUCCGAAGAAAAGGUUCCUGAGAGUAAGAAGCUUGAAAUAGGGGAAUCUGAAAGUGAAGCCCAAAAGGCGAAGGUACUAGAACAACAAUUAAUUGAAGAGAAGAAACUGGAUGCCAAACAGGAGAAACCGGAUGAGAAGGAUGCUGAAAAGAAAGACCAGAAGGGAGAAGUAUCUGAAGUCGUUGCAGAGAAGGUUUCCGAAGAAAAGGUUCCUGAAAGUAAGAAGCUUGAGGUAGGGGAAUCUGAAAGUGAAGCCCAAAAGGCGAAGGUACUUGAACAACAAUUAAUUGAAGAGAAGAAACUGGAUGCCAAACAGAAGAAACAAGCCGAGAUGGACGCUGAAAAGAAAGCCCAGAAGGGAGAAAGAUCUGAAAUCGUUGAAGAGAAGGUUUUCGAAGAAAAGGUUCCUGAGAGUAAGAAGCUUGAAGUAGAGGAAUCUGAAAGUGAGGCCCAAAAGGCGAGGGUACUAGAACAACAACUAAUUGAAGAGAAGAAACUGGAUACCAAAGAGAAGAAACAAGCCGAGAUGGCGGCUGAAAAGAAAGCCCAGAAGGGAGAAGUAUCUGAGGUCGUCGCAGAGAAAGUUUCUGAGGAUGAACAUGAAGUGAUUAAACAAAAUUUGCAAAUCAAACUCUUAGAUAUUGUUACGGCUUCUGAAUCACAAAGUUCCAACGAAGGCUUGCAAUUAAUUGUUUCGGAAAGUAACGAUAUAAUCGAAAAUCUAGAAGACUUUGAAAAGGUUUCUAAAUGCAUAUUAAAACUUCGAGAACACAUCGUUCAUACAUACGAUAGUAAAGCACCUGAAAAACAAAAUGAAAAAGAAAUGUUGGAAGCAUUCAUCGAAUCACUUCUAAACGCUUCUCUAGCUGCUGCAGAGGAUAUAAUAAAUAGUUACUUAAAAGAAAUUAAGACGAAUAUUAUUUUAACCAAAGCAGCUAUACAACUUAUUGGCGAUACAGAAGUGGGUAAAAAAUCAUCGUUGAUAGUGCCAAAGCUAGUAAAGCUCGAAAGCAUUUCAGAGAACAUCAAGCUUAAGCCGCAAAUUGAAAAGUCUUCUGAAAAGAUGGUUCAUCUGCAACAGAACCUAAUGGAUAUAUUUGUAAUACUUGAUGAUCUUUUGGAUGAUAAAACAGUUCUAUUAAAACCCAUUAUUGAGGAUACGAAAAAGGUUCUUCUAUCAGAAUAUGAUUAUAUUGAGCAAAAACAGGGACAGCUGCAAACUGCAACUAUUGAAGGAAAAAUUCAUAUCAUUACAAAACACAUACUAAAUGUUUGCGAAAAGCUACAACAGCUACACAACGACGAGAUUAAAGAAAAGCGCAUAGAAGAGGAGCAAUUAGCUGAAAAGAAUAAAGAGGAUGCAGUAAAUGCUGAAAAAGAAGCUGAAGGAAAAGCCCAAACAGGCGCAGUAUCUGAAGUCGUUGCAGAGAAGGUUUCCGAAGAAAAGGUUCCUAAGAGUAAGAAGCUUGAAGUAGGGGAAUCUGAAAGUGAGGCCCAAAAGGCGAGGGUACUAGAACAACAACUAAUUGAAGAGAAGAAACUGGAUACCAAACAGAAGAAACAAACUGAAAAGGAUACUGAAGAGAAAGCCCAGAAGGAACAAGUAUCUGAAGUCGUCGCAGAGAAGGUUUCCGAAGAAAAGGUUCCUGAAAGUAAGAAGCUUGAGGUAGGGGAUUCUGACAGUGAAGACCAAAAGGCGAAGGUACUAGAACAACAAUUAAUUGAAGAGAAGAAACUGAAUACCAAACAGAAGAAACAAGUUAAGAAGGAUGUUGAAAAGAAAGCCCAGAAGGGAGAAGUAUCUGGAGUCGUAGCAGAGAAGGUUUCCGAAGAAAAGGUUCCUGAGAGUAAGAAACUUGAACUAGGGGAAUCUGAAAGUGAGGCCCAAAAGGCAAAGGUAUUAGAACAACAAUUAAUUGAAGAGAAGAAACUGGAUACCAAACAGAAGAAACCGGAUGAGAAAGAUGCUGAAAAGAAAGCCACGAAAGGAGAAGUAUCUGAAGUCGUUGCAGUGAAGGUUUCCGAAGAAAAGGUUCCUGAAAGUAAGAAGCUUGAAGUAGGGGAAUCUGAAAGUGAAGCCCAAAAGGCGACGGUACUAGAGCAACAACUAAUUGAAGAGAAGAAACUGGAUGCCAAGCAGGAGAAACAUGCCGAGAUGAAUGCUGAAAAGAAAGCCCAGAAGGGAGAAGUAUCUGAAGUCGUUGCAGAGAAGGUUUCCGAAGAAAAGGUUCCUGAAAGUAAGAAGCUUGAAGUAGGGGAAUCUGAAAGUGAAGCUCAAAAGGCGACGGUACUAGAGCAACUACUAAUUGAAGAGAAGAAACUAGAUGCCAAACAGAAGAAACAAGCCGAGAUGGAUGCUGAAAAGAAAGCCCAGAAGGGAGAAGUAUCUGAAGUCGUCACAGAGAAGGUUUCCGAAGAAGAGGUUUCUGAGAGUAAGAAGCUUGAAGUAGGGGAAUCUGAAAGUGAAGCCCAAAAGGCGACGGUACUAGAGCAACAACUAAUUGAAGAGAAGAAACUGGAUGCCAAGCAGGAGAAACAUGCCGAGAUGGAUGCUGAAAAGAAAGCCCAGAAGGGAGAAGUAUCUGAAGUCGUUGCAGAGAAGGUUUCCGAAGAAAAGGUUCCUGAAAGUAAGAAGCUUGAAGUAGGGGAAUCUGAAAGUGAAGCUCAAAAGGCGACGGUACUAGAGCAACUACUAAUUGAAGAGAAGAAACUAGAUGCCAAACAGAAGAAACAAGCCGAGAUGGAUGCUGAAAAGAAAGCCCAGAAGGAAGAAGUAUCUGAAGUCGUCACAGAGAAGGUUUCCGAAGAAAAGGUUCCUGAAAGUAAGAAGCUUGAGGUAGGGGAUUCUGACAUUGGAACCCAAAAGGCGAAGGUACUAGAACAACAAUUAAUUGAAGAGAAGAAACUAGAUGCCAAACAGAAGAAACAAGCCGAGAUGGAUGCUGAAAAGAAAGCCCAGAAGGGAGAAGUAUCUGAGGUCGUCGCAGAGAAAGUUUCUGAGGAUGAACAUGAAGUGAUUAAACAAAAUUUGCAAAUCAAACUCUUAGAUAUUGUUACGGCUUCUGAAUCACAAAGUUCCAACGAAGGCUUGCAAUUAAUUGUUUCGGAAAGUAACGAUAUAAUCGAAAAUCUAGAAGACUUUGAAAAGGUUUCUAAAUGCAUAUUAAAACUUCGAGAACACAUCGUUCAUACAUACGAUGGCAAAUCAACUGAAGAACAAAAUGAAAGGGAAAUAGUGGAAGCAUUCAUCGAAUCACUUCUAAACGCUUCUCCAGCUGCUGCAGAGGAUAUAAUAAAUAGUUACUUAAAAGAAAUUAAGACGAAUAUUAUUUUAACCAAAGCAGCUAUACGACUUAUGGGCGAUACAGAAGUGGGUAAAAAAUCAUCGUUGAUAGUGCCAAAGCUAGUAAAGCUCGAAAGCAUUUCAGAGAACAUCAAGCUUAAGCCGCAAAUUGAAAAGUCUUCUGAAAAGAUGGUUCAUCUCCAGCAGAACCUAAUGGAUAUAUUUGUAAUACUUGAUGAUCUUUUGGAUGAUAAAACAGUUCUAUUAAAACCCAUUAUUGAGGAUACGAAAAAGGUUCUUCUAUCAGAAUAUGAUUAUAUUGAGCAAAAACAGGGACAGCUGCAAACUGCAACUAUUGAAGGAAAAAUUCAUAUCAUAACAAAACACAUACUAAAUGUUUGCGAAAAGCUACAACAGCUACACAAAGACGAGAUUGAAGAAAAGCGCAUAGAAGAGCAGCAAUUAGCUGAAAAGAAUAAACAGGAUUCAGUAAAUGCUAAAAAAGAAGCUGAAGGAAAAGCCCAGAAAGGCGCAGUAUCUGAAGUCGUUGCAGAGAAGGUUUCCGAAGAAAAUGUUCCUAAGAGUAAGAAGCUUGAAAUAGGGGAACCUGAAAGUGAGGCCCAAAAGGCAAAGGUAUUAGAACAGCAAUUAAUUGAAGAGAAGAAACUGGAUACCAAACAGAAGAAACCGGAUGAGAAGGGUGCUGAAAAGAAAACCCAGAAGGGAGAAGUAUCUGAAGUCGUUGCAGAUAAGGUUUCCGAAGAAAAGGUUCCUGAGAGUAAGAAGCUUGAAAUAGGGGAACCUGAAAGUGAGGCCCACAAGGCGAAGGUAUUAGAACAGCAGUUAAUUGAAGAAAAGAAACUGAAUACCAAACAGAAGAAACAAGCCGAGAUGGAUGCUGAAAAGAAAGACCAGAAGGGAGAAGUAUCUAAAGUCGUCGCAGAGAAAGUUUCCGAAGAAAAGGUUGCUGAAAGUAAGAAGCUUGAUGUAGGGGAAUCUGAAAGUGAAGCCCAAAAGGCGAAGGUAUUAGAACAACAAUUAAUUGAAGAGAAGAAACUGAAUACCAAACAGAAGAAACAAGCCGCGAAAGAUGCUGAAAAGAAAGCCCAGAAGGGAGAAGUAUCUGAAGUCGUUGCAGAGGAGGUUUCCGAAGAAAACGUUCCUGAGAGUAAGAAGCUUGAUGUAGGGGAAUCUGAAAGUGAAGCCCAAAAGGCGAAGGUAUUAGAACAACAAUUAAUUGAAGAGAAGAAACUGAAUACCAAACAGAAGAAACAAGCCGAGAAAGAUGCUGAAAAGAAAGCCCAGAAGGGAGAAGUAUCUGAAGUCGUUGCAGAGAAGGCUUCCGAAGAAAACGUUCCUGAGAGUAAGAAUCUUGAUGUAGGGAAAUCUGAAAGUGAAGCCCAAAAGGCGAAGGUAUUAGAACAACAAUUAAUUGAAGAGAAGAAACUGAAUACCAAACAGAAGAAACAAGCCGAGAAAGAUUCUGAAAAGAAACCCCAGAAGGGAGAAGUAUCUGAAGUCGUUGCAGAGAAGGUUUCCGAAGAAAACGUUCCUGAGAGUAAGAAGCUUGAAAUAGGGGAAUCUGAAAGUGAAGCCCAAAAGGCGAAGGUAUUAGAACAACAAUUAAUUGAAGAGAAGAAACUGAAUACCAAACAGAAGAAACAAGCCGAGAAGGAUGCUGAAAAGAAAGCCCAGAAGGGAGAAGUAUCUGAAAUCGUUACAGAGAAAGUUUCCGAAGAAAAGGUUCCUGAGAGUAAGAAGCUUGAAAUAGGGGAAUCUGAAAGUGAAGCCCAAAAGGCGAAGGUAUUAGAACAACAACUAAUUGAAGAGAAGAAACUGGAUGCCAAACAGAAGAAACAAGCCGAGAUGGAUGCUGAAAAGAAAGCCCAAAAGGGAGAAGUAUCUGAAGUCGUCGCAGAGAAGGUUUCCGAAGAAAAGGUUGCUGAAAGUAAGAAGCUUGAAGUAGGGGAAUCUGAAAGUGAAGCCCAAAAGGCGAAGGUACUAGAACAACAACUAAUUGAAGAGAAGAAACUGGAUGCCAAACAGAAGAAACAAGCCGAGAAGGAUGCUGAAAAGAGAGCCCAGAAAGGAGAAGUAUCUGAAGUCGUUGCAGAGAAGGUUUCCAAAGAAAAGGUUCCUGAGAGUAAGAAGCUUGAAGUAAAGGAAUCUGAAAGUGAAGACCAAAAGGCGAAGGUACUAGAACAACAAUUAAUUGAAGAGCAAAAACUGGAUACCAAACAGAAGAAACAAGCCGAGAAGGAUGCUGAAAAGAAAGCCCAGAAGGGAGAAGUAUCUGAAGAUGUUUCAGAGAAGGUUUCCGAAGAAAAGGUUACUGAGAGUAAGAAUCUUGAAGUAGGGGAAUCUGAAAGUGAAGCCCAAAAGGCGACGGUACUAGAGCAACAACUAAUUGAAGAGAAGAAACUGGAUACCAAACAGAAGAAACAAGCCGAGAAGGAUGCUGAAAGGAAAGGCCAGAAAGGAGAAGUAUCUGAAGUCGUUGCAGAGAAGGUUUCCGAAGAAAAGGUUCCUGAGAGUAAGAAGCUUGAAGUAAAGGAAUCUGAAAGUGAAGACCAAAAGGCGAAGGUACUAGAACAACAAUUAAUUGAAGAGCAGAAACUGGAUACCAAACAGAAGAAACAAGCCGAGAAGGAUGCUGAAAGGAAAGCCCAGAAGGGAGAAGUAUCUGAAGUCGUUUCAGAGAAGGUUUCCGAAGAAAAGGUUCCUGAGAGUAAGAAGCUUAGGGUAGAGGAAUCUGAAAGUGAAACCCAAAAGGCGAAGGUACUAGAACAACAAUUAAUUGAAGAGAAGAAACUGGAUACCAAACAGAAGAAACAAGCCGAGAAGGAUGCUGAAAAGAAAGCCCAGAAGGGAGAAGUAUCUGAAGUUGUUUCAGAGAAGGUUUCCGAAGAAAAGGUUACUGAGAGUAAGAAGCUUGGAGUAGGGGAAUCUGAAAGUGAAACCCAAAAGGCGAAGGUACUAGAACAACAAUUUAUUGAAGAGAAGAAACUGGAUACCAAAAAGGAGAAAAAAGCUGAAAAGAAAGCCCAGAAGGGAGAAGCAUCUAAAGUCGUCGCGGAGAAAGUUUCUGUGGAUAAGGUUCCUGAGAGUAAAAAGCUUGAAGUGAAGGAAUCUGUAGCUGACUCUGAAAAGGAAGAGCAGCCACUGAAUACAAAACAGCAGAAAGUGGAUAAGUUAGCGCAGAGCUUAGAUGAGAAGAUUGUUGUAGAAGAUAAAAGCGAGAGCAAACAUUAUGAAUCCAAAAUGGUUACGGAAAAAGCGGAAGACUCCAUUAGUAUGGAGGCCAAAACAUACAAGUCAUUGGAGUCUGAGUAUAGGGAAAGAAAGGAAACCCGCAGCGCUAAGCGUAAGCCGACAGUUGAUCUUAUGCUGACAAAUCGUAAUUCGGCAACGGGAAGUGAUCUGAAGUUGACAUGUGGCAUAUCUGGUCACGAGAUGAGGGUGCAGUGGUUCAAGCAAAAUAGUCCCAUUGCGAACGAUGCCAAGCACAAGAUAACCUUGAACGAUGGUCUGAACUGCCUUGAAAUCAAAUCAACAGAAAUGAAUGAUUCUGGCAUAUAUCGAUGCAUAGCGUCUAAUCGAAAUGGAGAGGUGGAAACGAGCUGUCUUGUGACUAUAUACGAAGCACCUUCAACCAAAUUUGGCACACCGCCAAUAUUUACACGCAACAUACGAGAAUAUUAUCACUUGCGCGACGAUGAGCUGACUAUUGAGGGUCACGUGCAUGGUGUACCGCGUCCGGUUGUUACCUGGUGGCGCGGCGCCUUCCAGGUGAAGCCCAGCUAUAAGUUCACCAUGCUCGAGGAGGCCCACGGCGUCUGCAAGCUGCUCAUCUACAAGCCCGGCAACAAGGAUAGCGGCACCUAUACCUUAAAAGCCAUCAAUUCAAUCGGCGAGGCGCACAUCAACCAAACCGUCGAGGUGGCCAAGAAUUUGCACUACCAUGUGCCCGGCAUAUUCCAUGCACGCGACAGGAUCCAACUGGACAGCUUGAAGCAGGCCAAGGGGCAAAUGGAUGCGGCACUCAAAUCCAAGGCCGAAUCGGAUCAGAAACGUGCCGAAGUCGAGGCCGAGCAGCAGCGUGUCCAGGCGGCCCGUGCACCACCGGAGCCACUUGUGCCAGCCAAACAGAAGCUGCAGUUCGCCACCCAGCUGCGCGAUCGUAUGGCCCUGGAGGGCACAACCGUGAAGUUUGCGGCCACAGUCAUUGGACCAGAGCCAAAUACGCGCUGGAUGAAGGAUGACACGUGGAUUGUGAUGAGCGAUAAUAUCAAGAAUCUGUCCGAAGAGGGCAAGGCUAUUAUUCAGAUCAAUAAAGUAACAUCGGCCGAUACAGGUGUAUACAAAUGUGUGGCCAAGAACGAUCUCAGCGAAAUCGAGACCUCAUGCUACUUUAAAGUGUACGCGGCGCAAGCUGAUGGCGACGAGUCCGAGCCCAUUUUUGCCCUGCCCAUGCGAGAUGUGUAUCACUCCUCCCAAAAUGAUUUAAUUAUCGAUACGAAGGUGCGCGGCAAUCCCCGUCCCGUCAUCUCUUGGACGAAAGAUCAGAUACCCGUUGUGCUCGACGAUCGUGUCGUGCAAAUCGAGCACUUGGAUGGCGUCUGCGAGCUGAUCGUUAAUAAGCCAACUGUGAAUGACAACGGCGUCUACGUUUGCACCGCCCAGAACAAAUUGGGCAGUCAGUCGACCACCCACACGGUUGUUGUCGACACCACGCACACGUCGCGCCGCUCUAGUGUCUUAUCGGCGGCCAUGCAGGAGGAUUCAGCCGCCGAAGGUGGUGGCAAGUCCAAGCCGAAGAAGCUGCCCAAGAAAGAUGAUGACGCCGAGGCCGGUGGCGAUGGCGGAUACGAACGACGCAGUCGCAUGCCCGAUCCGUCACCCAAACAAAUGCUCUAUUUCACUGUCAAUCUCUCCAACCGCUACGUAGCCGAAGGCUCCAAGGUCAAGCUGCAAGCUGUUAUUGGCGGACCCGAGCCCACCAUUAAAUGGCAAAAGGAUGACCAAAAUGUACAGUACGGACCCCGUAUACGCAACAUGAAUCGCGACAGCUUGGCCGUUCUGGAGUUCGUAAGCGCCCAGCCCGAAGACUCCGGCACCUAUACGAUAAUAGCCCAGAACGAGUUCUGCAAGAUCACCACGUCGGCGAUGUUGCACGUCUAUCAGCCGAAGGUCAACACCGAUGUACAACCUGUUUUCAUACGCUCUCUGAAAGAGACCUAUCAUCUGACCUCGAAUGAACUUAUACUGGAGACGGCUGUGCGCGGUCAACCCACGCCCCAGGUGCAAUGGUUUAAGGACAGCAUUGAGGUUCAGAGUGGCGGCCGGUAUCAAAUAAUUGAACAUCAGGAUGGCACUUGUGAGCUCAUCAUUGAUCGGCCGGAUAGCAAGGAUUCGGGCAAAUAUGUGAUCAAGGCGGAGAGUCGUGCUGGCAAAAUGGAGAGUUCGCACUAUGUGCUCUUCGAGGGCAAGGCCUCGCACAUUGCGGACAACAUUCACGGAGUGUUCCAUGCGGACAAGAGCCUGCUGCGGCCCAAAGAGGCAGAGAAGCCAGCUGCAAAGCCGGCUCCAUCGGCCGCCAACGCAGGUGCUGAAGGAGCUGAGGGAGAGGAGGGUAAGGGCAAGCGUCGCGGCCGCAAGAAGGAUGACGCCGAAGAGGAAGGUGUAUCUUCAGCCACGGACUAUGCCUCCGAUACGGCUAGCAUGUCCAGCAAGCGGCGCGAGAAGAACAUUGGCAUACACUUUACCACCUCGAUGAGGGAUCGCGUCGUGGCUGAAGGUUCCAAGGUGAAAAUAUCUUGCUUCCUGGAGGCAAAGGAGCCGCAGGUGAAAUGGUUUAAGAACGACGAACCACUUCAAAACGGACCCAAGAUUCGAGGACGCUACAGCGAAGGCCUCUGCCUGUUGGAGAUCAAUAGCGCCACCGAGGAGGACAAUGGCGAGUACAAGUGCUGGGGACGCGAUGAAACUGGUGAGGCUUCGACCUCCUGCAGGCUAGAGGUCUUCGCAGAUCCAGGCACGGGCGAUGUGCCACCAACGUUCACGCGCAACAUAAGGGAAACGCUGCACGGCAAGAUCAACGAGCUGCAGCUGGACGUACAUGUGCGCGGUCUGCCGACGCCCUCGGUGACAUGGUACAAGGAUAGCGUGAAGAUCGAGAACAACGAUAAAUACCAUCAGGUGGAUCACGAUGACGGCACCUGUGAACUGUUCAUUAGCCAUCCCAAGGUCGCCGACAGCGGCAAAUACGUUUGCCAGGCCGAGAAUCGCGAAGGUCAAACGGAGAUCGUGCAUAUGGUUACUGUGGAGCCACGCGUUCGAGUGCGACCCACCUCGCCACCUAGAGAGGGCCGACCGCCCCGACCAGCUGGCGAGGAAGAAGAACCCGCCGCCGAGGGUGAAGCAGUUGAAGGGGAAGGAACUGAGAAAAGAGUACGGAAGCCUAAGAAAGAUGAUGAGGAGCAAACGAGCUCCAGACGCGAGGUUCCACCGCCACCAGAUCUAAGGAAGCGUCUCUAUUUCCGCAACUUCCUAUCGAAUCGCACCGUCAAGUCGGGCGCCAACGUCAAAUGGAUGGUUAAUAUCGAUGGACCGGAGCCAACGGCCAAGUGGUUCCAUGGCGAUCAGCCAAUUACGUUCGGUCCCAAGAGCAAAAUGUCUAUGCAGGAUGGCAUUGCCUGGCUCAAUCUGGUCGGCGUUACGGAAGAGGAUGCUGGCGAAUAUACGUUGAGAGUAAGAGGAUCCGAAAAUGAAAUCGUUAGCACAUGCAACCUGUUCGUUUACAGCACGGGUAAAGUUGAGAUAAUCCCACCCACCUUCACGGUGGGUAUCAAAGACACGUAUUCUCUCAAUGAGAAUGAGCUGGUUCUGGAUUGUCGCGUGCGCGGCCAGCCCCGGCCAGAGAUUCAAUGGAUGAAGGGCAACGAUGCCAUUAAUAAUGAUGAGAAAUAUCAACUGAUCGACCAGGCCGACGGUUACUGCAAGCUGACUAUACGCAAUCCCACCGAAAAGGACUCUGGCAUAUACUCCUGCAUAGCAACCAACGAAGGCGCCCAGCAUAAGAUGACCCAUCAGGUGGACUUUGUGGGCCGCGAGCGUUUCACUCUGCAGAAGACGCACGGCUUCUUCCAUCGCGAUCCCAACAAGCCGCACUUCCUGACCCCGCUGGGCAAUCAGACCGUCUGCAAUGGCGGCACCGUUGCCAUCUCCGCUGAGUUUAUGCAGUCGAACACGCCCAUUGAGGUUAAAUGGCUGCGCAAUCGCCGGAAUGUUGAUGGUCCCAAUGUGAAGACCAUGAACGAGCGUGGCGUCUACACGCUGGCCAUCAUGAAUGCUGGCGCGGAGCAUGAGGGUACCUAUACUUGUCUCGCUUCGAAUGCCUACGGACGCAUUGAGUCGCACGUCAACAUUGAUGUCGCUGUUGGCGCCGAAAAGGACGAACGUCCGCCCCUUUUCCUGUCCAGGCCCGAAACCGAAAUGAAGAUCGCCGUAGGUGAUCCGUUCUCGUUGUCCUUCCGCAUUGCGGGUGAUCCGAAACCGAAGCUUGUGUUCAUGAAGGGCACCAAGGAUAUAACCCAAUCGGAUCGCGUUAGCAAAGAGGUAUCCGAUGACUAUACCAGAUUCACAGUGCAAAAGUCGCAGAUCUCCGACUCCGGCACCUAUUUCGUUGUUGCCCGCAACGACUUUGGAACGGACAGAAUAUUCGUCACCAUUACAGUUAACCCGCGCGCUCGCUCUGAAACCCCAACGCAACCACGAUGGGGCCAACCCCUCGACAGUUACAGUGAAACUUCGUAUUUCAGAGAUCCACCUGGCUGCAUAUCAACCGAACCGCUCGUCGUUGACUCCGGACCCAGCCACAUAUCAUUGUCGUGGGGCAAGCCCGUGAGCGCAAACUCUGCACCUGUCAUUGCCUACAAGGUGGAGGCAUGGAUUUUGGGUCAUGAGGGUGGCGCCUAUUGGCGCGAGUUAGGUCUGACGCCUAUCAAUUCCUUUGACGCCUUCAAUCUGAAGCCCAAUUUGGAAUACCAUUUCCGGGUGACGCCCAAGAAUCGCUAUGGCUGGGGGCCAGCGGUUCAGACCAGCUCCGCCCUGCAGGUAGGCGGCGUCGAGUGCCUGCCGGAGUUUGUCAAGAUUCUGCCGGGGCAGGUGAAAGCGCUGCUUGGCUCCUCGUUUACGCUGCAGUGCAACAUGCGUGGUGCGCCACGUCCAAAAGUCACCUGGUACAAGGAUGGCAUACAGCUGAGCAACAGCUCGGAGCGUGUCAAGAUACGCCAGAUUGGUUCCACCUGUGCGCUCACCAUAGCAACAGUUUGUGAUCUCGAUUCUGGACGUUAUACCUGCGAGGCUACCAAUUCCAAGGGACGCGUCUCCACCUUUGCACGCCUGCAAGUCGUAUCCGAUCCGAGGCUCUAUGAGGCGGACUCGAGGCUGAAGGAAAUCGCACACGGUCGCCAUCCGGCUGAGCUUGGCGAAUCGCUGCCCAUUUUCACGAUGCGUCUGCGGGACCGUCGCGUCCAGGUCACCUACCCGGUGCGCCUCACCUGCCAAAUUGUGGGCUAUCCCGCACCGGAGAUACACUGGUAUAAGGAUGGACAGCUGAUCAGCUGUGAUAGCCGGCAUCUGAUCACCGCCGAGGGUCAAUUCUUUACACUGGAAAUCGCGGCCACAACGCUCGACGAUAGCGGCAACUACACCUGCACGGCUAAAAACGAGCUGGGCUCCGUGUCCUGUCACAGCUGCCUGGUGGUGGACAAGGGCAUACGCGCUUACAUCUCACCUGACUUUUAUGUACCCCUCGAUCCAUUCUAUGUGUUCCGCGAGGGCACCGAAAUACGUCUGUCCACCAAGGUGGAAGCCUAUCCCGCUGUGGGCGUCACCUGGCAUCGCAACGGCAUGCGCCUGCGGCCUAGUCGACGCAUAUCCGCCACUCUGGACUCCACGGGCUUUGUGGAGCUCAUUAUUGCCGAGGCAACGCCACGCGAUGCGGGCAUUUAUGUGUGCGUGGCCUCCAAUGUGGUCGGCAAGGUGGAGACAAUUUGUCGUGUGGCCAUCGAGGAGAUCGAAGCAGCUGCCACGCCGCAACGCGCACUCGAAAUACCCAGCAUCAAGACGAGUGAUAUGCCUUACUCAAAGGAGCCGCUGUUUGUGGUAAAACCGCGCUCCAGCGAGGCCUACGAGGGCGACAACGUCAUCAUAUUCUGCGAAGUGGUCGGCGAUCCCAAGCCCGACGUUGUCUGGCUGCGCGAUUUUCUAAAUCCGGAGUACUACAAGGACGCACCACAUUUUCGACGCAUCGGCGAGGGGCCGGAGUAUCGCCUGGAGAUACCCAGCGCCAAAUUGGACUUUACCGGCACCUACUCAGUUAUAGCCAGCAACUGCCAUGGCGAGGCCAAGGCUGUAAUAUCCCUGCAAAUUUACGCCAAAGAUAUACUUAAAGAAAAUCGCAUGGACAAGGUUCACACGAGACAUGGCAAUAUUGAAACGCUGCCGCGCUUCAUACGCAACCUACGCAAUCUGCGCUGUUGCGAUGGAGACGCCAUAUCGCUGGAGUGUCAUGUGGAGGCAAUGCCGGAGCCCUAUAUAAUAUGGGAAAAGGAUGGCCACGUUUUGCCCAGCGACAGAGACUACAUAAUGUCAUAUGACGGCAUGAAGGCCACGUUGAGCAUACCACGAGUCUAUGCCGAGGACGAGGGCGAAUAUACGUGUGUGGCCAAGAAUUCAGUAGGCCGCACCCUUUCGUCCGCCUGCAUUAUUGUGGAUGUGCCUGAGGAGAAGGAGAACAUGCUUAGCCGCCAAUUGGCACGGCCAAGUGCUUUGCUAUCGGCCCACUCCACGCCACGUUCCACACCGCGCUCAACGCCCAAUCGUAGCUUUUCACCCAUGAGACUUUCCUACCGCAACAGCAGCAUUGAUCUGCACACGGGCUCGGUGGAGCGCCGGCGCAGCGAUGCACGUUGCAUAUCAGCGCCCAAAUUCCUAGCCAUUCCCUACAAUCGUGUCGUAGAGGAGGGCGACAGCGUUCGCUUCCAAUGCGCCAUUGCUGGUCAUCCCACGCCUUGGGCCACCUGGGACAAGGAUGGCCUGAUUGUCACGCCUACCACACGAAUUGCUGUCAAGGAAGUCGAUGAUUUGCGCUUCAUUGAGAUCGAUGAGGUUGGCUUUGAUGAUGCCGGCCUGUAUCGCAUCACGCUCGAGAAUGACUUUGGGCGCAUAGAAGCCACCGCUCGCCUGGACGUUAUAAGCAGCUCACGCUACUCCAAAUCGCCCUCGACACGUAGCGUGCGCGCCUCCUCCUCGCGACGCAAUGCCUAUCUCUAUCGGCGCAUCAUGGGCCCAUCCACAGCUAUUGGCGGUCGCAUGGCGCUGGCGAGUGGCUUUCGUGGCUCGUCCGUGCCCUCGGUGAGAUUCUAUCACAACAACGUUGAGCUGGUGCAGUCGGAUCGGGUGCACAUUGUGCUGCAGGAGGAUGAGGCUAUGCUGUUUGUUGACAAUGUAACAUUAGAUGACGAGGGCGUCUACACCUGCAUAAUAAGCGGCGAUCAUGAUCCUCUGAUUAGCUCCAUCGAUGUCAAAUUCCAUGGAUCAAGUACUGAAAUUCAACAUCGCCCCGCUGCCAUUGCUGAGCCGCUGCCCGAGCUUACCAAAUCCGUUGAGGGCGAGGUGAUCGAUCUCUGUUGUGCCAUAAAUAGCGCCGAACCCUACAGCUACGUGUGGUUGCGCAACGGCGAAAUUCUGCCCGACAGCGAGGAGUUCAACUACAUCGAUCACGGCAAUGGCUGUCUCUGUCUGCGCAUCAACGACGCCUUUGACAUUGACUCCGGCAUCUACAGCUGUCAGGUGUACACGUCCACUUCGGAUGACACCGACGGUGACGGCGACUGCGCGUGCGACUGCAGCAGCAGCGGCGAGCUGUGCGUGCUGGAGCGCGAUCUAACGCGGCACGACGAGAGCGUACAGCUGCUAAAGACACCGCUGCCGGUGGUGUGUGCGUCAGGAGCGGAAGCUAUCUUCUAUGCGCGUGUUUACCCCUGCGAAGCGGAUGCCGAAUGGUAUCUAAAUGGAAAACUCAUAUCGGAUGACUCACCAAACAUGACGUUGGAGUCGUAUCCGGAGAACGGCAUUCGCUUGUUGCGCCUGCGAGACGUCCAGCUGGCCCAGAGCGGUGAGCUGCGUCUGCAAGUGAAGCAUCCACAGCCGGAGCGUCGCACGCCCGCCGCCCGCAGCUACACCAGCCUCCUAGUGCUGCCCACGGGCAGCAGCAGCAACAGCAACAGCAACAGCAGCAACAGCGGCAACCAGAGCAAGGAACACAACAACAACUGUUUACUGGCUGCCAGCAGCUGCAUUUUGAAGGGCCCCGAAGAUUGCACCGCACUCAUUGGCGGCCAUGUCCAGCUGAGCGUGCACUAUGAGCCAUUCCCCAAUACCAAAGUCAUCUGGUACAAGGCGUGCCGUCCCAUUGUUGAGGGCGCCAAUGUGACAAUUCGCAGCACGGCGCAGCAAUCGACGCUUUAUAUAACGGACAUCGCGGCCGAUGACAGCGGCAAAUAUACGGCGGAAGUAAUGAACGAAUAUGGCGUGGAGGCAGCGGCCGCCUCGGUGGCCGUCGAGGGACCACCAGAGCCGCCCAGCGGACAGCCGAGUGUCUCCCUGGGUCCGGAUCGUGUGGCCAUAGCCUGGUGUGGUCCGCCCUACGAUGGCGGUUGCAUGAUCACGGGCUUCAUCAUUGAGAUCCAGAGCUGCGAGCCAACGGACUGUGAUAGCGUUAAGGAUAACGCUGACUGGCAGCAGUUGACCCGCGUCGUGGAUACGCUGGCCUAUACCGUCAAGGAUCUGCUGCCACAGCUACAGUACAGAUUUCGUGUGCGCGCCGAGAACAUACACGGACGCAGUGCACCCAGCCAGGUCAGCGAAUUGGUGCAGUUGACACGUACAGCCACAACAGUGGAUGCUGCUGCAGAAGCAGCAGAAGCAACAGGCAAUUCCCUGAGCGCUGUGUCAGUGCAGUCUGGCGGGGAUUUCAAGUCACGCUUCGAGAUCAUCGAGGAGCUGGGCAAGGGACGUUUUGGCGUCGUCUACAAGGUGCAGGAGCGCGCACAGCCCGAACAGCUGCUGGCCGCCAAGGUGAUCAAAUGCAUCAAGACACGCGACCGCCAAAAAGUGCUCGAGGAGAUAUCGAUAAUGCGCUCACUGCAGCAUCCCAAGCUGCUGCAGCUGGCCGCCUCCUUCGAAAGCCCCCGCGAAAUUGUCAUGGUCAUGGAAUAUAUUACGGGCGGCGAACUGUUUGAGCGCGUUGUGGCGGAUGACUUUACGCUGACCGAGCUGGACUGCAUUCUGUUUUUGCGGCAGGUGUGCGAGGGUGUCGCCUAUAUGCAUGGCCAGAGCGUGGUGCAUCUGGACCUGAAGCCGGAGAACAUUAUGUGCCACACGCGCACCAGCCAUCAGAUUAAGAUCAUAGACUUUGGCUUGGCCCAGCGCCUGGACACCAAGGCGCCGGUGCGUGUGCUCUUCGGCACGCCCGAAUUCAUACCGCCGGAGAUCAUAAGCUACGAGCCAAUUGACUUUAAGUCGGACAUGUGGAGCGUCGGCGUCAUAUGCUACGUGCUCCUCUCGGGCCUGUCACCUUUUAUGGGCGACACGGAUGUGGAAACUUUUUCGAAUAUAACGCGUGCCGACUACGACUAUGAUGAUGAGGCCUUCGAUUGCGUCUCACAAGAGGCCAAGGACUUUAUCUCACAGCUGCUUGUGCACCGCAAGGAGUCGCGUCUGACUGCCCAGCAGUGCCUCGGGUCCAGAUGGCUGUGCCAGCGCCACGACGAGAAUCUCAGCAAUAACAAAAUCUGCACGGACAAGCUCAAGAAGUUUAUCAUACGACGCAAGUGGCAGAAAACGGGCAAUGCUAUACGCGCCCUGGGUCGCAUGGCUACGCUGUCCGCGUCACGUCGCAAUUCGGCCAUUGCCAUGGGCGCCUGCAAUAGUCCGCGUCCCUCCAUUUCCGGCCUGAGCAUGCUGAGUGCCGCCCAUGUGAGCGGCACGCAAAUGGCGUCCCUGAACGAGGAGGAGGAUGAUUUUAGCGGCGAGAUGCCGCACGUGGACAAGCGGAAGACGACGGGCGUGCUGAGGCUGCGCGACAAGUCGCAGUGCAGCGAACGCAGUGAUUCCGGCUAUAGCGAGUGCUCCAAUGGCAGCCUGGGCACACAGGAGACGCUGCUACUAACGCUGGCCAAGAACAAGCUGGAGCAAAUAGCCAAAGCGAGCCAGGCAAGCGAGCCCGCGGACAAUCCAGCAACGUUCGCAAGCAGCGUGCCGGCUUUGGAGCUGCCUGCCAAGGGUGAACCCAUAAUGCUGUCCGACUUUACCAAUACGAUUAAGAUGCGCAAGAAAUCCCUAGAAGACAGCUGCACGCGUGAGAAGCCAAAGCCGCAUGCCACCAAGCCGAUUUGCGAGUCCAAGCUGAAAGUGUCCCAACUCAAGCACAGGUUCCAGCAAUCAAAUGCCGCCGCUGCCGCUGCCGCCGCUGCUGCUACUGCUGCUGCUGCUGCUGCUUCCGCACAUAAAAAGCCUGCCCCAGAGCCCAAUCAAAUCGCCAAGGUCGCGAGCACGGGCCGCAUCAGUAAACCCGCUGGAGAGCCCGCGAACAGGUCAACUGUUGGCAGUAAAGCGAGACCAACACAAACCCAAUCCAUGCCCAGCUCUCCGCUGCCCCAGCGCGCCGCAACGCCAACGCGGCUGAGCAGUCGCGUCCGCGAGACAGCGGAGCGUCUUGCCCAACAGCACACGGUGGCCAGCGCACAGCGGCAGGCGCAGGUCAAGGGGAAUGGAAACGGUCAUGGAUACGGACACGGACAUGGGCAUGGGAACGCGCACGCGAAUGGGAAUGGAAACGGGCACGAGUCACGUGCGCGCAGUCUCAUCAAUAGAUUCAACGAAACGAAACAUAUCACGUCCUAGCUUUUAUGUCGCUUAAAGCUGAUUUACUUAAUUCACUUUAUUAUUGCAAAUAUCAUUAAUUAUUUUUUAUUUUGUUUUGUGUUGUGUAUGUAAAAAAAAACAAACCCAAGGAAAAUCUGUACGAAACACUCGAAUAUAUAUACAUACAAAUAUGUAUAAGUAUAUAUGGCUGCGAAUGCGAACUAAUUGUAAUCCAAAUCCGAAUCCAAAUGCACCCAACUUUAUAGGCACUGGCACUGGCACAGGCACAUCGCACUGCACUUAGGCUAGACAAAGGCUAAAUAAUUAAAUUAUUGUAUCGAUUUAUAUACAUAAUAUCUAUUUACCAUACUAAUUAAAGUUAAUAUAACGAAGCCAACGCUGUCAAGCUAUAGGCAAGAAUCCAUCAAAA